GGCAUAUCUGAGGACCAAUAUGAAAUGAACCGAAAUUAUAUCGGGAAAGAGAAAGCCUGCUUCCCCAUUUCAACUUCACCACCCCCCGACGAGGAAGCUCUGUCUCUGUAAAGCUUGAUGCUCCGACCCGAGUUCAGAUAGACUCAAAUGAACCGAUCCGAGAAUUCAUCUCGGCUCCGCCCUCUUCCUCCGCUAUCGUCUGUGUCUCCGGCAACCCUAGCGUUCCUCAAUGCCAAAAUCGCCGCCGAAGAAGACCUACAUACCGUAGCUCCGACGCUUCUCUCGGAGCUCCGAACCGAGUGCCAGAACCUCGACCAAAACCUUUUGGAUCUUGGCCGGCAGUUCAGCCAGUUGCUCGCGGAUUAUACUUUCCAUUCCAAUCAAAUCAGUGGCAUUUUCACUGACAUCAAGUCUAAACUAUCUGACCUUCAGUCUACAACGUUGCCCCCUCCUUCAUCAGAUGGAGGAUCAGGAAGAUUAUUGGGGGAGGAGCUGCCGGCGUUGGCCAGGGAGGUGGCAAGGGUUGAAGCAGUAAGAACUUAUGCUGAAACUGCACUAAAACUGGAUACCUUGGUUGGUGACGUCGAAGAUGCUGUAUCUACAAUUGUAAAUAGAACGCUGAGAAGGCAGCCAUCUAAGAACAAUGCAGAAGAUAUUCGUGUUGGUGCCAUCAAAAGUCUUAAAUUGAUAGAAGAUGUUCUUGCUAGAAUUACAAAGAUUAACCCUCAGUGGACCCAACUUGUAUCUGCUGCUGAUCACAGAGUGGAUCGAGCUUUAGCUACUCUAAGACCUCAAGCAAUUGCUGAUCAUCGAGCCCUUCUUGUUUCACUCAAAUGGCCACCACCUCUAUCAUCUUCCAAUUCCUUGAGUGAUGAUACAAACGGGUCUACUCAUCUUCAAAAUCCUCUGUUCACAGUUCAAGGGGACCUCAAACAACAGUACUGUGAAAGCUUUCUUGCUUUAUGUAGUUUGCAAGAAUUGCAAAGACGCAGAAAAGGUCGCCAACUUGAAGGGCAUAAUAGAGAAGUUGCUUUGAGACAGCCCCUUUGGGCUAUUGAAGAGCUUGUAAAUCCUUUAUCAAUCGAUUCUCAACGACAUUUCUCAAAAUGGAUAGAUAAGCCAGAGUUUAUUUUCGCUCUUGUGUAUAAAAUCACGAGAGAUUAUGUUGAUUCAAUGGACGAAAUGUUGCAACCACUGGUUGAUGAAGCAUUGCUAUCAGGCUACAGUUGUAGAGAAGAAUGGGUGUCAGCUAUGGUGGCUUCCUUGUCAAUGUUUUUGGCGAAAGAAAUUUUUCCCAUGUAUGUUGCUCAACUGGAUGAAGAGAAUAACCCUGAAAUCAAUUUGCAAGCUAGAAUAUCAUGGCUGCAUCUUAUUGACUUGAUGAUAUCAUUUGACAAAAAAGUUCAGUCCUUGGUUGCUAAUUCUGGAAUAUUAUUUUUUCCAGAAGAUGGGAGCCAGCAUAAGAUAUCUUCAUUAUCUGUAUUCUGUGAUAGACCUGACUGGCUUGACUUAUGGGCCAAUAUCGAGCUGAAUGACACCCUUGAUAAAUUGAAACCAGACCUGGAGAAUGAAAGAAGCUGGUUGACAAAAAAUCAGGAAGGCGCUCCUUUUUCGGGUCAAGAAGACUAUAAAUCGCCCCCAAUUUCAAGUAUUGUACUACGUCACCUUUCUUUUGUGAUUGAGCGCUGUCGGUCAAUACCUAGUGUUUCAUUGAAGUCCAGGUUUGUAUCAUUGACUGGUGUGCCGCUAAUACAGAAGUUCUUAGAUGGCUUACUACUCAGGUGCCUCGAGGCGGAGGGAUUAACAGCUUUGACUGAUGAUGACGCUUUGAUUAAAGUUGCAAUCUCUAUUAAUGCUGCUUCCAGUUUUGUGUCUGUUCUGAAAGAAUGGGCUGAAGAUGUUUUCUUCCUGGAAAUAGGAUUGAACCAGGAUGAUCUAUUGGAACCAUCGGGAAGUGAUCUUAGUGGAGGAUUAGCGGAAGUUACUGGAGAUAAUACUCUUGAUAAGGAAGUUAACAAGUUGGAUAAGUUUAGAUCAGAAUGGGUUGAAAAGCUGUCAACAGUUGUUUUACGUGGAUUUGAUGCUUGUUGUCGAGAUUACCUGAGAAACAGAAAGCAGUGGCAGGAGAAGGGUGAAGAAGGGUUAGUUGUUUCCAGAUCUUUUCUUGGAGCUUUAGAGUAUCUUCAAGGGAAAUUGGCUGUGCUGGAAGAACAUUUGAAUGCCAUUUACUUUGUUAGGGUAUGGAGAUCUUUAGCAAGUGGCAUCGAUCAAUCUCUAUUUAAUGGUGUUAUUAUGAGUAGUGCAAAGUUUAAUUAUUCCGGAGUUCAGAAGCUUGGGAAUGAUUUGGAAAUUUUAUUUGGGGUAUUCCGGAAGUGGUGUUUGAGACCUGAAGGAUUCUUCCCCAAAUUGAGCGAGGGAUUGAAGUUGCUCAAAAUGGAAAGAAGUGUUCAACUUAGUUUGGUUGGAGAACAAAAAUGGUUAAAGGAUAACAGAAUAAAUCAUCUUACUGUAGCAGAGGCAGAAAAGAUUUUCAAAAACAGGGUAUAUGCUCAUUGAACCCUUUGUAACAAUCAGUAUGAGGAAGUUAAGUAGCAAACAAUUGCAGAUCAUUUAGGUGAGACCGUCAACUUGUUCAGUACAUCACCUGAGGAGGUCCGAAGAUUAUUUUGUGGGAAACAAUGUUUUUGCUCAUUUCAGUGGACUUCCCUAGAACCAUGAUUUUGUGCAGUUCAGAACAUGGAGUCGGAAUGGUUCAGUUCUGGUAAUUUAUUUAUAAAUCACAUAUACUUACCUGUUUUCUUUUGUUUAAAAAAGAAAAUAGUUUUUCUUUUUCGUGCUACUUUCUGAUGAAUGAAUACACACCCCACAUUACUAGUGUUUUUUUUUUUUUUCCGGCAGAAUUCUUUGACCUAUGGGCCAUAUGUAGUCAGUACUAUACUCUUGAACCUUGUUUCUCUACUUAAAAAGGUCAACUUUUAGUCUUCUGCUAUACAUGUACAAUCAUAUGUUAGCCAUCAACCUCAAACAUUGUUUCGCCGGAAACAUUCACCAGUUAGUUUAUCUUAUCUUUCUUCAAGGUACAAAACUUUGUGUUUUGUUUUCUCCUAAAAUCAUAUAAGAUCUUGUUACUUCAUUCCGAUCUUUCGUCUUUAUUGUGUGUUUUUAUAUUUUCUGGAGAUUUCACUUUAAUUUACAAGUCUGUUGGGUUCAAUAUAGACAUCUUGCACUCUGAACUGAUCAACAUUUCUCAGAAAUUGGUUUCAUUGUUCAACCAGUCUAACCAAAUGACCAAUUUCACCUGUUUAAUUUGGAGUGGCUUGUCAAACAUGUUUUAUGGACAAGUUUACUCCUCUGUGUUUACUUUAUGUUAAUGCCAUUAUGAAAUUAGUAUUGCGGGAAUAGUCAUACUUUUAUUGUUAUAAUUUAUUAAUUUGUAUUUCGUCGAUAAAUUUUGAAUAGAUGGGUUGUCAGUAUUAUGGUUUGAUUUGAAGAAAUUACAUGAUUGAAUUUGUUUGUUUUAGUCGUAUAAUAAUUUUUUCGUUGAAUCCAGCGCACAUAUAGAAUAAGUUGAACUGUGGAAGGAGAAAAGAUGAAAACAAACUAAUUGAUACAUAUAUGUACAUCAGUUAAACAGAGGCAGCUAAAGGUUUUCAGGGUAUAAUGUUAGUUCUGAACAUAUUAGAGGAUUAGAUGGCAAAGAUGGAUAGUUUGAAAUCAGAAGGUCAAGAGUUCAAACCACAGUGUUCAGGUUAAGGUAGAAAUGUAGCCGCUCGAAACAAUACAAGUAUACGAUUUCAUUACUUCCUAGUUAGUGAGGCAGACUCAGAAUAUGAUUUGCCUAUAUACUUGUAUAUCAUUUCUUAUCAAAUACAAGUAUAUUGUACCAAGUUGCAGAACCCUUCAAUCUAAAUUGCUAUGUCGGCAUUAAGUACAAACUCUCUUAGCUUAAUGAUCCCAACUUGUGGCCAAAUUAAGAGGCAUACAUCCAAUUUGAUUGUCGUUUUUUCAUCCAGCCCGAUUCUUCUGUUGAGUGGUCGAAUCACAAAGACUUUUUGAUUUAUCAAGGCCCUACGAAC